UUAAACUAUAUUCAAUAUUAUUAUAUCAGCAGAAUUUCAAAUUUUGAAAGAAAUGUACUGGAGCUAUCUAAUUUAGAUUUAUUUUGUUACAUUUAGCCAGUGUGUAGAUUUAUAUGUAAUUUGCGACAGAUAUAACCAGUUAUCAUUUCUGGUUUUGGUUUACAUUUAACUUACGAAAAAUGCCGUUUGCACGACAAAUUUAAGUAGCUUAUUCGUAGUUUAAAAUCCAUAGCAAAGAUCACUGGGACAAUAGUUGCCAUGGAUUUUAAACCAAGUACCUAUCGGUGAAUGGUUCAACCCGAACACCACUGCGUCGCUGAUGCUAAAAAGCACGAAGGAGAAGGAAGGGAGUCAUAAGUACAAGCUGUUGAGAAGACAAAGGCGACAUAUAAACUAAUGAGCUGAUAGGAUGAAUGCCCUGCGAUCGAUCCUCAAUGGUUACACAUUGCUGUAUUGAAGAUUGAGAUUGAAUCCAAAGACACCCGACUUACUAAAUGUGGACCGGAAUACGAACUGAUACCAAUGGUAUUGUACCACCAACUUGGUGUUCGACGUAACCCGAUGUAAACCCUUUGAUGGUCUGUGAUGUAAACCUAAACCAGGCAAGAGAAAUUCAUUGAAGUUAAAGAAAUAAUUUAUUAAAUAGUUAAUUUUAAAAACAAUGGAAAAUACUUGUUAGGUUAUGUUGAUCAAUAUUCAAUGGAACUAUUUUGAUGCAUUAGAACUACUAUGUUGUAGACAGGAAUCAUCCCCAUCUUUGUAAAUUCAAAAAUUUGGGGGAUAAUGGGAUAGUAGAUAAUUGCUGUAGUAACAAUUAUUGCACCAAUUGUUGUAAUUAAUUCCUAGAAACCGAAUGAAUUUUCGAACAAGAUUUUUAAAUUUGCAUGAAUGCAUCCAUUUCUACAAUCAAGUGGGAGGAGUUUUAAACUUUCAAAACUGCAACGGUCAUUUUGUAUGUGUUUUACUUUUCAGUUUUCACUCCUUUCGGUUUGAAUUAUUUUUGAAAAUAAUGUCUACUCCAAAAAGUGAGGAUGGAAAUCCACAACCGAUUCGUGUAUUUUUGAGAGUGAGGCCAUUACAAGACAACGAGAAACGUACAAACUGCCUGGAAGUACUCAACACAAAGGAAAUACAAGCCAAUCGCACGUACCAGAAGAAAUACACGUUCGACGGCCUAUUCCGCGAGGACACCGCACAACCUACCAUAUACAAAAUUGUCAUAAAACCUCUAAUCCAAGACGUUCUGUCCGGUUAUAAUUGCACGAUUUUCGGAUACGGCCAAAGCGGCACAGGUAAAACGUACACUCUGCUCGGAAAUAUCGUCGGUCUGACCUCGUUUGGGUCGACGAACUCGCUCAGUAACGUCUCGCUACAGUCGGACAGUGAUAAUUGUGUGGUAUCGUCCAGUCUUGAUUUGGAGGCCGGUUUGAUUCCGCGAGCAGUUGUCGAGUUGUUUGAGGUCGUACGUCUGCUAUCGGACCCAUGUACCGUGCGUUGUUCUUACUUGGAGAUUUACAAUGAGGAGUUGCACGACUUGUUAUCGCCAGUCGAUGAUUCAACCAAUUUGAGGAUUUACGACGGUCAACGGGGCAAAGGCGACGUGGUCAUACAAGGACUUGAGAGCGUAACCGUCUAUAGUGAGGUUGACGUGUUUCAGUUACUGAAGAAGGCGCAACGUAAACAGAUGAGAGUUGAUCGAGCAUGUUCGCAUACGAUAUUCAGUAUUAUAGUUGAUCGACGAGAAACCAGUCCGGUCGGUGAGAUGUUGUCGAAAAUUGGGAGGCUUAAUUUUGUUGAUCUGGCCGGUAGCGAUAAUAUUAGGACCGGUGCGGUGGAACGACGUGCCAAAGAUGCGAAUAUAUAUCAGUCCCUGGUCACGCUUGGGCAGGUGAUCAAGGUGCUUUCUGAGAAAAAUUCGUUUGUUCCAUUUAGAGACUCAAAGUUGACAAGAAUCCUACGAGACAGUCUGGGAGGAAAGGCGAAGACAAUAUUCAUCGCGACGAUUUCCUUUUCGGUGUCGAGCUUAGACGAAUCGCUGAACACCCUCGACUACGUCUCUAAAGCUCGAACGAUCACAAACAAACCGAUCAUUAAUCGUCGAACAUCCCAAAAGUCGCUAAUGAACGAAUACGCGGACGAAAUCUCUUCGCUUCGAAGAGACCUAGACGCCGCGCAGGGACGCGGCGGCGUCGUGAUCAACCCCGAGAAUUACGAUCAGCUGGUGGCGACGCGCCAGGCGACCGACGAGCAGUUAUCGCAGGCGGUCGCGUCGAUUAACGCGUUCGGCGAGAAACUGAGGCUGCUGGAGGAGGAGAAGGAGAACUUUCGGGUCGAGCAGGACGCGUUGAUCAAAUCGUACGGUGCGACGCAGAGCGAGCUUGCCAAGAUGAAGGUGGAGUACGCGCGGAUCGCGUCCGAGAAACAGGAAAACGAGUACCUCGCAUCGUCCUAUGAGAGGUCUGCGGAAAAUCUGUACAAAAGUGCGAAAAGCCUACACGAGAGGGUCAAAUCGGGUUCGCUCAAUGAGUCGACGUUGCGCGAGAAGAUCGAGUAUCUCUACAAGGUCACCAACGACAAUAACAACACCAGGAAAAUGGUAAGCGUCAAAGUUCGGGCGAUGUGCCAGGACAUAGUGAGGGAGUACGGUGAAUACGCUAAGGGUUCAAUGUCUUUCAAUGAGAAGUUGGCAAAUGUCACCAGGAGUUAUCAUAACCAGCAAUCGGAGCUUGUCAACGACCUUCUGCGCCAAAUUCUAACCGUCCAGGACAACGUGCAGAACGCAGACAACGUACCAUACCAGCAGGCGGGUGCGUCCUUGAAAAAUUGCCAGCAGGCGCAAGGCCGCCGACUGACCGAUCUCAAGCGCAAACUCGACGACUGGCAAAUCUCCAACCUUUCCAACUUUAAGACGAUCAUGGAGAACACACUGAGACCUCACCUGGAAAACAAAGUUGCCAACGUUGAGAGCUUGGGCUUGCGCGUUUCGAAAGCCUUCUCCCAAUUACCCUUCGACUCGACCUCCGCUGACAUCAAAAUCCUUUGCGCCGAAAUUUUCGAGAACAUCGACCAAUUGGGCGGGAGCCUCUCGAGACAAAGAGAGGCCGGUGAGAAGAAGUUAGCUUCGCUCGCGAAAAUUCGCGAUGAAAUGUUCGCGGCGGUAAACGCGAAGUUUGACGCUCUCAAAGGGGAGCUCCGCAAAGAGUCCGACGGCGAUUUACGCGCCUUACAACUGAUCGAAAACCUUCGAAAAACAGUUGAUGGGAAACUACCAAACGUCGUCGCCGAGUUUGAGAAAGGAUGCGACCGCGUUUUGGACACCACGUCGAACGAGGUGACCGAGUUUAUCGAUAAGACCACGCACGAUUCAAGCCAGGUACUCGACUCCUACAAAUCGUCUACGGACGCACUGUGGGGGUCCGAGAAAGAGAAAUUGUCACAAAUUGCCGACGAGGCUACGGAUCAGGAUUUUGUUGCUGCAACCGUUUCGGAUUUGCACAAAGUUCGAAAUUCGCUAAGCGAGAAUGUCGCAACUCUCGCCAAAGAGACAACCGAAUUUUGCCCCGGGAACUCAGAACGGGAGAACAGGGAGGUAUGUACGCUCAUCGACGACAAUUAUCAGGGAUCAUUAGCUUUGCUCAAUCGACUUACGAGCGAAGCGAACGAGAUCAAGAUCUUAGUAUCGGACACUUCGAAGUAUGCGGUCGAGUUGCAACCAAGCGGGCACACUCCCCUGCGUAACCAAUCGGAGCUCUCCUACCAGUUGAAGGAGUUAACUCCGAAGGAAAUGGUGUUGCGCCGAUUUCAUCAAUUGAAACAGGAAAAUGGAGACGCAUCCAAUCAGCAGCCAAAAAAAUUAUUUCACGAGUAAAGGGUAGGGAAUUGUUGUUGGUUAGUUUAAGUGUAAAUAUUCAACUUAUUUGUGAUAUUAAAACGAUUUUCGAUUCUGCAUUUAA